AUGUCAAAUGGAUAUAUUGAUAUAAAAGAGACAGAUUCUGGCACUCACAUUCAUCAUCAAAAGAAGAAGACAAAUUCAUUCCAUUUCAAGAAACUAGUGACGGUCAUUAUAUUAAUCAUAGUUUUAAUAUGGGGUUCAACAUUUUUAAUAAUAAGUAUAGAGAACUUUUCUCUUAAAUUAAAUUCAUUAAAAUUACAAUCAAUACAGGAUAUUGGUAAAGAUUUUACAAAAUAUGCCCAUCCGUCAAAUAAACCAACAAAUUUUAAAGGUAAAAAACCAUUAACUAAACAAGUCUACGAUGAUCAUGAAUUAUCACCAGUUUUAAAAUCUAUACAAUGGAUCAAAGAACCAUCAUCUAUUUAUAAUGAUAAGGGUACUUAUGUUAUUAAACAAGCUGAAGAAAAUGAUGAAGAAUUCAAAGUUAUAAUAAAAUCAAUUGCUGAUGAAGAUUACGAAAAAAUAUUAAUAGAAAGUAGUUCAUUUGAAUAUGAUGGCAAAACAUAUAAAGUUGAAAAUUAUAAAGCUUCACCAGAUUUGACAAAGAUUAUAUUACAAACUAAUGUUACAAGUUCUUGGAGACACUCAUCCUAUUCAUUGUAUUGGAUUGCGGAUGUAGACAAUUCAGAGAUCAAACCUAUUUAUGAUACGAAGCAUAAGAUAUCUACUGUUUCAUGGUCUCCAGAUUCACAAAAUAUUGCGUUUGUUUACAAAAAUAACAUAUUUUUAAAAAACCUAUCGCAGGAGGAAAUAAAACAAGUUACGUCUGAUGGCUCAAAAAACAUAUUUAAUGGUAAACCAGAUUGGGUUUAUGAAGAAGAAGUAUUUGGUACUGAUAUAGUAUUAUGGUGGUCACCUAAUGGUGAUAAAUUUUCAUUUUUAAAAUCUGACAACACUAAAGUUCCAGAAUUUAUCAUACCAUUCUAUGCACAGUAUAAAUAUGAAGAUUAUCCAGAAAUUGUCAAGCUUAAAUAUCCAAAAGCUGGUUAUCCUAAUCCAAUAGUUGAUGUAGUUACAUUUGAUUUGAAAGAAAAUAAAUUAAUUGAACAUCAAUUGAAAUCUAAUAAAAUAGAGCAAGAAAAUAGAUUAAUCACUGAAGUUGUCUGGAUUGGUGAUCAAUUAUUAGUUAAAACAUCAAAUCGUGCAAGUGAUUUAAUUGAAAUUUAUUUAAUUGAUGAUGAAAAAUCAAAAUUGAUACGAUCUUUAGAAGCUAAAGAUUCAUGGUUUGAAAUUACAACUCAUACUUUAUUUGUCCCUAAAAAUAAAACAUUGGGUAGAAAAUAUGAUGGUUAUAUAGAUACAGUUGUUGAAGAUGGUUUUAAUCAUUUAGCUUAUUUUUCACCACCAGAUGAUCCCAAUUAUCAAUUAUUAACUAAAGGUAAUUGGGAAGUUGUGAAUGGUAUUGCAUUUGAUUAUACAAAUAAUCAAGUUUAUUUUACAAGUACAAUGAAAUCAUCAAUUGAAAGACAUAUUCAUCUGGUUAAUUUGUUAGAUAGACUGAAUAAUGGUUUACCCUAUAUUAAAGAUAUAACUACUAAAGAAGGAUAUUACUCUUCAAGUUUUUCAUCGGGUGCAAGAUUUUUAUUUUUAAGUGAUUUAGGUCCUAAUGUACCAACCCAAAGAAUUAAUGAUUUGAAACUGAAUAAAAAUGUCAAAAUCAUUGAAGAUAAUGCAGAAUUGAAAAAGAAAUUGAGAGAUUAUGUCAUUCCUGAAAUCAAAUACUCAACAGUUGAGUUAAGAGAUGAAGAAAGUGGGGAAACGUUUCUUUGCAAUACAAUGGAAACGUUACCAUUAAAUUUUGAUAAAAAGAAGAAAUAUCCUGUAUUGUUUUAUGUUUAUGGAGGACCAGGAUCUCAAACAAUUACUAAGCAAUGGUCAAUCAGUUUCAGUUCUUUAGUUGCUGCUGAAUUAAAUGCAAUUGUUGUAACGGUUGAUGGAAGAGGCACUGGUUUUAAUAAUUUAAAUUAUAAAUUAGGUUCAAAAUUUAAAUUUAUAGUUAGAGAUAAAUUGGGUAAAUAUGAGCCAUUAGAUAUUAUAUCGACUGCUAAAAAGUGGGUUGAAAAAUCAUAUGUUGAUCCAGAUAGAAUAGGUGUUUGGGGUUGGUCAUAUGGUGGUUUCUUAACUUUGAAAACAUUAGAAACAGAUGUUGAAGAUCCAGUUUUCAAUUAUGGAGUUGCUGUUGCACCAGUUACUAAAUGGAAACUAUAUGAUUCAAUUUAUACAGAAAGAUAUCUAAGAACACCACAAGAAAAUCCAUCAGGUUAUCAAUAUGGUUCAAUUAAUAAUGUAACAAACUUUAAACAUGUCAAUAAAUUCUUUAUUGCUCAUGGUACUGGUGAUGAUAAUGUUCAUAUGCAACACUCGUUACAAUUGUUAGAUGAAUUUAAUGUUGAAGAAGUUGAAAAUUUUGAAAUGAUGAUUUUUCCAGAUUCAAAUCAUGGUAUGAGUUAUCAUAAUGGGUUUAAAGUAGUUUAUGAUAGAAUAUUAAACUUUUUACAUAGAGCAUUUGAGAAUGAAUUUGUAUGA